AUGGCGCACGACCUGGACUAUCCGUGUAAUCUGACCCGCCCGCCGGUAGACCUUCCCGUUGGUCUCCAGGCCUUGGAUCUGGUCGGGAACCACAUCAAAGAGAUCCCGCCUAAAGCCUUCCGGAACCUGACGGAACUGCAGGACUUAGCCUUCUGGCAGCAGCCAUCUCUCACCACCAUAGAUGACGACGCUUUUUACGGACUCAGUAAGAUGCAGUAUAUGGACGCCUCCUCAACGGGGAUAAACAAGAUCACCAACGGGACAUUUAACGGUCUGAGUGGCAUGGGGGAGCUCGUCCUGGGGGAAUGUAAGAUCCCGAAUAUCCCGGUGGGAGCGUUCCAUCAGAUGACGAGUCUGACGACGCUGUGGUUGGAUGGGAACCUUCUUACCACGCUGGACCCUGUGGUUCUCGAUAGAAGAUUCCUGUCUCACCUGUCGGAAGUCUACCUGUGGGGGAACCCGUGGACAUGUGACUGUCACCUCCGCUGGCUGAAGGAACACAUCGACAACAACAACACCGCUCCGACCGUUGACUCUCCCCACAUCAUGGUGUGUAACGCGCCGCCCAAGCUCAAGGGGCGGGCCUUUGACACGCUCACCCCGAAGGACUUCGUGUGCGAGGACGGGGACUUCGACCCGAGUACGGCAAAGUCCAGCCGACCCGGCAGGGUGGAGGUAGUUAGAGACGAGAGAAUGCACAUGCCGUUCACAGGGGCGGGGAAAAGUCUCCGAGUCCCCACAGUUUGGAGAGAUGAGAACAUGUCGAUCUGUACACCCGCCGUGGUUGAUGAUUAUUCUAUCCUGUGCAUGGCCGGGGUUGUGCUGUUGUUUCUGUGGGUGGGAUUCUCCAUGGGGAGGUUUGUGGGCAAGGGGCAAAGAUAAUUUGCUGAAGGUCCGGAUAAAAUGCGGCUCUGAAUAUUUCGUAACCAACGUUGUAGUAUAUUCUCCAGCUACACGUACUUUGAACAGCUAUAGUAAUUGCUAUGUGCCUAUUGGUAAUCAAACAAUUUUUGCUGUGAACACGUGCACGAUACACAAAACAUAUUAUGACACAGGAAUACAUAUUUUCAAUAUACUGUUUGGCUAUCAUCAUUGGGACCACAAAUUAUGUCCAAACUCUACCUGGAUUCUACAAAAUUAUCAUUAGAUUAUCAUCAUAGUCCCGAUUGUUGACACAUAUAUUUGCAAUGUAUCUGCAUGCUAUCCGUUUCUAACUAGCUGGCAUCAAUGGAUGAUAUUGCAUUCAAGUAACUUUGAACAGUUCAAAUAGAAAUAAAAAAAGUUCCAGUCAUGACAAAGCAAGUGAUCACUUUUGUUUCC